AUGGAGAUCGCGCGGCGGAAGGGGGACCAGGAUGAGGAGGGACGAAGGAGUGAGAAAUCACUGAACAAGGACUAUCAGGAAUCCAAGGAAGUUCCACCACUGCAUCUAACUGAAAUUGUGGCAUAUCUGGUUCGGCAAUCUGGGCCAUUUUUAGAUCAACUUGGCAUACGGAGAGACCUUUGUGACAAACUAGUGGAGAUGUUAUGCAGUAAACGAAACGGUCGGCUCAUGUAUCAUUCUCUUUCACAGGAUAGACCCUUAGCUGAGAACAUAACUGACGAGCUUGAUCUAAGAAUAGCUAGGGUAUUAGAAAGUACUGGUUAUCACACAGAUGAAGGUUCUUGGAAUGACCCUGCAAAGUACAAGAUCUCAGACAACAGACGGCAUGUUGCUAUUGUCACCACAGCAAGCCUUCCAUGGAUGACAGGAACAGCAAUCAAUCCAUUGUUUCGUGCUGCAUAUCUGGCAAGAAGUGCAAAGCAGAAGGUGACAUUGGUGGUUCCAUGGCUCUCUAAGUCAGAUCAAGAAUUGGUUUACCCAAAUAACAUCACCUUCAGUUCGCCAGAAGAGCAAGAAACUUAUAUAAGGAACUGGCUGCAGGAAAGAAUUGGCUUUGAAGCAAAUUUUAAGAUAUCCUUUUAUCCUGGCAAGGUUUUACGUCUUUCUGCUGCAACUCAAGAUCUACCGAGGUCUGUUGUUUGUAACGCAUACAUGCUGAUAGGGAGUGUGGACAGAAGGUCUUUUCUAAGGGCAUAUUUCCUUGGUAAGAUGGUGUGGGCUAAAGGUUAUAGAGAGCUGAUCGAUUUAUUAUCCAAACAUAAAAACGACCUGGAAGGAUUCAUGAUAGAUGUAUAUGGAAAUGGCGAGGACUCUGAAGCUGUCCAGAAUGCUGCUAGAAAAUUUGAUUUGAGCAUCAAUUUUUUCAAGGAAAAGGACCAUGCAGAUGAUUCACUCCAUGGGUAUAAGGUUUUCGUCAAUCCAAGUGUUAGUGAUGUGCUAUGCACAGCAACAGCUGAGGCCCUUGCAAUGGGGAAAUUUGUAGUCUGUGCAGAUCAUCCAUCAAACGAUUUUUUUAAGUCAUUCCCUAACUGCUUAACAUAUAGAACUUCAGAGGAAUUUGUUGCUCGUGUCAAAGAAGCCAUGACUACUGAACCUCAACCUCUGACCCCAGAGCAACGAUACAGUUUGUCAUGGGAAGCAGCAACUGAGAGGUUUAUGGAGUACUCAGAGCUUGACAAAGUUCUGAACAGAAAUAGCCACCCUGGACGAAAUGGGAAGAUUAACAAAGAAAGAAAGAUACCGUUACUUCCUAAGUUGUCAGAUGUGGUGGAUGGGGACUGGCAUUUGCUCAUCACUGCCUGA